AUGGAGCAAGUAGCUCCUGCCACCAGCGGUGUGGAGACUGGUCGAGCUACCGGUCGAGCUCUCGCUUCUCUCCGAGGACACUUGAGGGCGGUCAGCGAGGGUAUGGUGGUGAGGGUCCUGACCUUCCUCAUCUUCAUCUGCUUCACGGCCUCCGUCUCCGCCUACAUGGCUGCGGCUCUGCUCGAGUUCUUCGUCACGCUCGCCUUCCUCUUCCUCUACGCCACCCAGUACUACCAGCGCUUUGAUCGGCUGAACUGGCCUUGCCUGGACUUCCUCCGCUGUGUCAGCGCCAUCAUCAUCUUCCUGGUGGUCUCUUUUGCCGCUGUGACCUCCCGGGAUGGAGCUGCCAUUGCCGCUUUUGUGAGUCUAGCCAUGCUGGGCUCCCCGG